AUGCCCCAAUACCCAGACAUCAAUCUAGGUAGCAUGGAAAACUGGGCCAUGGUGUCUUUUGGAUAUUCUAAAAACCAAGCAAUUGCACAGAGCACAGGGUCUUACCUUUGCUUUUUGGAUUCAGAUGAUGUUAUGAUGCCCCAGAGAGUGAGGCUGCAAUAUGAAGCUGCUGUUCAGCACCCAACAAGUAUCAUAGGAUGCCAAGUGAAGAGAGACCCCCCAGACUCUACAGAGCGAUACACACGUUGGAUCAACCAGUUGACGUCUGAUCAGCUAUUGACACAGGUGUACACCUCCCACGGCCCCACAGUGAUCAUGCCAACGUGGUUCUGCUCUCGGGCCUGGUUUUCUCAUGUGGGCCCAUUUGAUGAAGGAGGACAGGGGGUACCAGAGGACCUGUUGUUCUUCUAUGAGCACCUUAGGAAAGGGGGUGGCGUCUUCCGGGUGGACCACAACCUGCUCCUCUACCGCUACCACUUGUAUGCAGCCACACAUUCAGUCCUUGAGAUGACCAUCUGGACCCAUCGUGUCCACUUCCUGGAGGAACAAGUCCUACCUCAUUGGAAGUUCUUCACCAUUUGGAAUGCAGGCAAGCAGGGACGUAGGUUAUACCGCAGCCUGACUGCAACCAGCCGGCGCAAGGUGGUGUCCUUCUGUGAUGUUGAUGAGAACAAGAUCAGGAAGGGUUUUUACUGUCAUGAGGACUCUCAGGAAAGACCCAAGCCGAAGGUCCCCAUUCUGCAUUUCCAAGCUGCCCAGUCGCCCUUUGUCAUCUGUGUGAAGCUGGACCUCACUGGGGGUGAGUUUGAAGACAACCUGAAAUCACUGCACUUACAGGAAGGCCGGGACUUUGUUCACUUCAGCUGAGGCUGCCGCCGGAUGAUCCACACUGAAACACUGCAGGUUCUGAGCCUUGUUGCUCUACUUCCCUUACAUGGACAACUGUUAGUUGAAGUGUGAUCCUAAUUAGUCUUAAUAAUAAAAACCAACCGGGAGCUAUGG